CUGCGCGUAGGCGUCAUCAUGAACGCCCAAGUCUCGUUCCUCGACGGCACUUACACUCUGAUCCACAUUCCUCUCGAUCUCUACUCGAUCUUACUGCAGCCCAUCCUCCGCGUUCUUCUCCCUCAGACCCAAACCCUCAAGGCCUCCAAAGGCGAGCCCGAACAUGAGUUAGAAGGCCUCAAUUCCGAAAGCCAACAUGGCUUCCUCAACAUCAGCGUCACUCCCAUGGAGUGCUCUAUCGUCUGCCACAGCUCCUGGGCAAAAAACGUCUUCGAGCCUGCGAUAAAAGACCUUCCGAAGGAACUCGCAAAGUCCGUCUCGAUAUCCAAAGACACGUACCUUGUGCUCUCCGUUAUCAGCGCCGGCAUGGAUGCCGCAGGCCGUGUUAUGGAGCUGACGUCGCCCCUGGCUCUUGCUGGCAUUCCCAUUUUCUUCAUCACGACGUACUACUCUGAUUUUAUCCUGGUGCCAAGCAAGGACAAACAGACUGUCGUCAAGGCCCUUCUGGCGCGCGGCUUCGAGCUCGCCGAGAAUGAGUCCAACUUUGUCAGCCCUGCCGCCUCUGUCCAUUCCCGUGGCGGCAGCCAGAACAGCGGUCCUCCGCUUACCCCACCGCCGUCAACCAUCGCAGAGCUUCAGGUUCGCACGUUUGAUCUGCUCAAGAAGCGCAGUGUCGCUCCCUAUGUUGAGGACGACCUCCUUCUCGUACAGUGCUCUGGCCGCGAGACUUCUCAGCUCGGGGGCGAGUUUUCCCAUACUCAGCGGCCGCCCCUGAGCAGGCAGAUUACAGGUAACAGCCAUCGCCAGACGUGGCUGGACAAUAUCGACGCGAAGCUGUACACCGCAAUGAUAUCAGCACUUGCGGCACGACCGCGCUUCCUCUCCAUCACACUGGCCCAGGAGGACCCUCCGUCGCUGUUGCUAGACAAGUCCCUACUAGGCCUCUUCGGUGACUCCCUCGUUGGUGACACCAACUCGAACCUCGUUCCCAUAUUCCUCGACCUCGAGAGCCUUCCGUUCGAAGCUACGGGCAUCGUUUGCGGCGUGGCUGGCACCCUGGUACAGGACAUGCGCACCGGUGACAGCGCGGGUUUGUCAUAUCUAUCCACCGCCAGGGCUGGUGCUGUCAUUCUUUCCUGUGAGCAGUCAAUACGUGCGCUUGAGAUCCUCGAACCUAAGUUGUUCAAAGCCUAA